AGAGAGAGAGAGAGAGAGAGAGAGUAAAAGCUCACGCGCGGGAGAAGUACAUUUCCGGUCUUGGUGUGUAAACGUAAAACACACUGCUACAGAACCAGAUAGCUUUGGGACCAAGACCAGCAGCAGCAGCAGCCCCCAUCCUUUCGCAAUUCAAAACGACACCACCUGAAAAGUCUCAAUUAAGCCGAUACCAGAAACAAAAAUGCCAGUUGAACUUCGUAAACGUCCUCCACCCAAGGAAACCGCCACUCCUGCUCCAGCUUCGAAGCGAGGCAGUGGAGCUGGCUCCGCGGCAAAGAAGCUCGCGGACAAAGCCAAAGCCGCCGUGACGGGGGCGUCAGCAACGGCGACAUCGACGGGAAAAACCACGACGACCAACAACUCCAAUGGCAGCGCCGUCGUCAACGGCAAAGCAGCCACCACCGACAAAAUCUCGGUCGGUCAGACGUUGAACCUCGACGGCUUCGGAGGCACCAUUCAGACCAACGACGGCGCCGACACCACGUUAAAGGAUCUACUCGAAAAAUCCGGCGCCGGGAUCGUCAUCUUUACCUAUCCCAGGGCCAGUACUCCAGGAUGCACCACUCAGGCUUGUCUCUUCAGGGACAACUACGCUCCUAUCACCGGUGCUUCACUCUCGAUAUACGGACUCAGCACGGAUAGUCCCAAGGCCAACACCACGUUUGUGACGAAGCAAAAAUUGCAAUACCCGCUUCUCUGUGAUCCAAAUGCAACUUUGACAUCCGCUAUUGGCAUGAAGAAGCCUGGUCCCGGCAAAUCCACUACUCGAGGUGUCGUCGUUAUUGACAAGCAGGGUGUCGUUCGAGUCUGGGAGCAGGCUGGCCCUGCCAAGACUCUCCAGGUCGUCCUGGAGUAUGUGAAGACCCAGGGAAUGACUGAAAAUGGUGCCCCAGCGGCUGUGGCUGCUCCACCUGCUGCAGAUGCCACUGCGACUGAGGCGGCGGCCAAAUUGGCGGAUCCUGACACGAAAAUGGAUGAGGUGCCUUUGGUGAAGACACCUACUCCCGAGGAGGCUCAGGCUGCUAGUACAGCCGCUGAAGUUGGUGAGACUGCUGCCAAGUUGGAUGGGGGCCCGAGUGGUCUUCUCAAGCCUUGAUGGGUUUUCUCAGAGGACGUUGACCGAACAAUCUAGCCUGUCAUGCAGUCUGAUCGCAUGGGCCGGGCAUUUCUUGUGACCAAGCACGAGAUGGACCUUUCUGUGUUCAGGGAAUAUCUUGUAUGAUCCAACGACCAUGCCUCAUAUGCUCGUGGUUCCUGGCGCCCAAGCCUUUCCUAUUC